GAUCUCACUUUAAACACAGAAUUACUUUCUCCCGGCUUCUACGUGGAAUACCAGGACCGCGAAGGUGUUCUAGCAACAUCUGACAGUAUUUCAAAUUGCUACUACACAGGUCAAAGCCGGGAACCAUUCAUCUCUACAGCAGCUAUCAGCAACUGUAAUGGUCUGCACGGAGUAUUUUCUACGGCGGAGGAAGAUUACUUUGUGGAACCAUUAUGGAACCAUACUAACAGAAUUGAACAAGAAGGUCAUCCCCACGUUGUCUACAAACGUUCGUCACUAAAACUUCCCAACUCCAACACACAUUGUGGUGUAAAAGAUAAAUCCGGAAAUAAAUUAGAAAAUCACUGGUUACAACUUCAUCGGCAGCUAUUUCAGUCAUCAUGGCAACAGAAAACGUUUCCAGACGACACCGAGGAUAUCCGAAAUCCUCAAAAUUCGUUAAUGUUCAACAUGAAACCACGAAUGGUUUAUGACAUUCCAAAGAAAGGGCACAAGGAGGCAGCAACACACAAUGCAAUUAACGGUAAAGAAACGUUUGAAAAGUCAGCGGAAAAGACCGAAAAGUUUACGACAUUCAAAACUGACAAAAGCAGACGACAAAAGCGUGACGUCAUUAUGCAAAUGCAAGAACGCACUGUGGAAACGAUGAUUGUGGUUGACAAGAUGAUGUACGAAUUUCACAGGACAGAAAACGUCAUCGAACCUUACGUUCUGACAAUCAUGAAUAUAGUUGCAAAGCUAUAUCGAGAUCCGACCAUUGGAAACAACAUUAACAUUGUUGUAUCAAAGCUUGUCAUACUAACAGAAGACAAGACAAAUUUGUCCAUAAGCCAUCACGCUGACAAGUCUUUGGAUAGUUUCUGUAAAUGGCAGCACCAACUUAACAAAACAAGCGUCCAAACACAUGACAAUGCUGUUCUAAUGACAAGAUAUGACAUCUGCACAUACAAGAACAAGCCUUGUGGGACUUUAGGUUUGGCACCAGUUGCUGGCAUGUGUGAGGGCGAAAGGUCAUGCAGUAUUAAUGAAGAUAUUGGGCUGGCUUCGGCGUUUACAAUUGCGCACGAAAUGGGUCAUAAUUUUGGUAUGCAGCAUGAUGGAGCCGGGAACAUGUGUGGUACACCUGGAGAGGAACCAGCCAGAAUAAUGGCGGCCAGAUUGACUGGAGAUAUAAAUCCGUUUCUGUGGUCAAGUUGCAGCAAACAAUAUAUUACCGACUUUCUUGAGUCCGGACGCGGGAGUUGCCUGGAAGCCAUGUCCACUGAUCAGCAUCAAGCAGACGUUCCAGUCAGUCAAUUCAAAAUGGACCAGAACGCGGACAAACAAUGUCGUCUGCAAUUUCAUGAAAGGUCACUCGCUUGCAAGCAUUCUACAAUGUGUCAAGAGUUGUCUUGCCUGGAUAAAGAUGGCAAUUGCAUCACAAACAGUAUACCUGCUGCUGACGGCACACCCUGUUGGAACGAGUCACUAUCAUUUAAUGGGACCUGCUAUCGUCGACAGUGUAUGCCUCUGUCAUACAAACCGGAAGCAGUUGAUGGGUCAUGGGGGUCAUGGAGCAGCUUCACAGAGUGUUCGAGGACAUGUGGUCGCGGAGUUAGUUACAAGGAGAGAUUGUGCGACAAUCCGACACCAGCUCAUGGAGGACAGUAUUGUGUUGGGGACCGACUUCAGUAUAUAUCUUGUAAAAAGGACCGUGAGUGUCCGGACGGAGCCGAUGAUUUCCGAAAGAUCCAAUGUUCCGAAUACAACACCAUUCCUUUCCGCGGACGCAAAUUUAAUUGGGUACCAUUCACCGGAACUUAUCAGGAAAUUUUAAUAAUACCAACUGGAGCUAUGCAUAUACAAAUACAGGAGGCGUAUGAAUCGCAUAAUUAUCUAGGUAUUAGCACAUCUGAAGCAGUGUGUGUUCACAAAUAUCGACAGACGAUAGUCAACGACAGCUACUGUGUCCCGCAACCUAAACCUAGUCAUCACUACAAACACUGUAACCAGGAACCAUGCCCUUCAGAUUGGGAAAUAGGCAAUUGGAGCCGCUGUAGUCAUACCUGUGGUGGCGGGAGAAAAACCCGAACCGUGGUCUGCAAGCAACGGAUCACACAAGAAGAAGUGGUUACAUUGGAUGAGAAAGAAUGUCCGGGAGAGAGACCAGUCUCAGAAAAGUUAUGUAAGCGGAGUAAUUGUCCGUCAAUGUGGGUAGCCGAAAAUUGGACUGAGGUAAAACAACCUGUUUAUUCAAUAUGUCGAGGGAAUUCUAUCUAGAAAGGCCUCCAAAAAAUAAUCAGCAAUCUAAUUGCG